AUGAACAUGCUGCUUCCAGAAGUUGCACUCGUAAAGACCUAAAAUAAGAGCUCCUCUGGUGAAAAAGAAAGCACAUAAUCCCACCAAAUUAAUUUUGACAAAGAGCAGGCAGCACUUCACCAAUGAAGAAUGACAACUUUCACAGGAUUCUGCUUUAUUUGUACUUUGCUUGUUUCUCUGACUUUCGCUUCACGAACAGAAACUUCAUUAACAACUUUGCAUGCCUCAGUCUCAAGCUCAAUAUCUCCAACAACCAAAGAGGAAUUUAUUGCCAUAUAUCAUAUGGAUGUUGAGAUGGGCAAAUCAAUUGAUCUGACAUGUGGUAAUUUCACUAAUAAAGACAUUUUGCAUGUGAUAUGGGAAAUUGAACCAUAUGUUGGAAAUUCUUGCCGUCUUGCAAAGAGCAAAAAAGACCCACCUGAAGACAGCUGUAAGGAUAGAAGACAAGUUAAAAGUAAAAUAGGAAGAAAUAAUACUGAAGAGCAGUUUUACCUGCACAUCCCAGAGCUGGAAUUUAAAUAUGAAGGAAUUUACAAGUGUGAAGUUGUUUACAAUGGGGGUGCCUGGAAAGAACAUCUUUAUUUAAAUGCUACUGUCUCUCCAAGUAUAUAUACAAAUGUUGAGCGUUUGUCUGACGGGACGGUCAAGCUUGUUUGUCAAGCAUCUAAUGGGAAACCAGCGGCAAACAUUUCCUGGACAACUGGGGACGACUCCACUCAGAAGAAUUCUGCAGAUUUCAACGGUACCAUUUCAGUGAAAAGCUGGAUCAUUAUACCUGCUAACGCAUCACUAGAAGAUAUUUUUUGCAAAGUGGAGCACAAGACAUGGAACCGAACACAGAGUAGGAAUUUCACAGUUCCAGAACAUAAAGGUCCUGACUCCUGGAUUUUCUGGAUUGCUAUUCCUGGUGUUAUUCUCCUUAUUUGUCUUAUUAUUGCAACAUCAUUUUAUUUUAUAAGAAAGCAUUUAUCUCAUUUUAGAAACUGUACCAAAGCCACCAUGCCUGCACCAACUCCUCCUGCUGUUGCUAUCCCCAGUAAAAUUACGGAAGUGGAUGAACUGGAGCCAUAUGCAAGUUAUGUGGAAAGAGUGAACUCCAUCUACAAUUCAUCUGCUGAGUUGUGUAAUGUUUAAGUCUGUUUGCAAUACAAGGUUUGUCAAAGCUGCCAUAUGGAAAAGUGAUGUGAUUGCUUCUCAGAAAAGUGGUGCUUUUUGGAUGGAAGAGGAGAAGCAGUUUCUCCACUGUACUAGGUCCUGCCACCUGCAGAUUGUUUGUGUUCCUGAGGGAUGGAAUGCAUGUUAUUUACAUCAAAUGUGUUGCGGCUAGCAAACUAUAUUAUACAGUAGCUCACACUAUGCGUUACUUUGGUGCCUUUGUAGAUCUUUACCAUUGUCUUUAUGAAUGACUCUAAAUGUAAUAAUGUCAUAAUUAUGCAUACAAUCAUCACUUGCAUUAUGCAAGUGGGCUAAUUUCUUCUCAAUUUGAAACAGUCAAUUUUAUUUUGGAAAUACUAAGUUAAUUACAUAUCUGUGCAAUUUAUUAUUUACUAAAAAUGGAAGGGGGGUCUGUAAACCUUGCUUUUCAAGGAAAGCAAUGUUAUCUUCCUUUUAUAAAUGUACUGUAUAUACUUAUACCAAAUGUAAUUAUUAAUUUAAAAAGUUUAUUAAACUCAUUAUAUAAUAACA